AUGACUAUUCCUGAAAACCUUAUAAGAACCAUAGAAUUUAAAAGAAGAUAUACUGAUUCAGAAGAUAAGAAAGAGUAUCCUCUUUACACUUUGGUUUACAUAUAUCGCGAUAAUAAUGACAAACAUGAAGUCAUUGUUCAUGCAAUCAAAGGAAAAAUUUUGCAAGAAAAUGGCGACCAUACUCAGCCUUCAUGUCAAAGAUAUCUUUCUAAACUUAGUGAUAGUAAACCAACACUCAAGUGCGAACUUGAGAAUACCGCAGAUUAUGAAACGUUUGUUAAAUCAUUUGUUGUCUUAUAUAUGAUGAACAAUGAAUUGCUAGACGAUUCUGAACGGUCUAAUAAAAUUUAUGCUGAAAGAAUUGUUCGAUUAGCAGAGGAAUAUUCUCAAGAAUCAAAUCAAAAUGAAUUAUUUAAUAUUCAUAACAUUGAUAAGAGUGAACCUUACCAGAUACUGGAGUUACUUCCUGAAAUCAAAUCUGCACCCGAAACCAAAUCUACACCCGAAGCCAAAUCUACACCUGAAACCAAAUAUUCCACGUUUGAAUACACUAAUGAAGAUGGUACAAAGGCUGAAAUUACAUCAAUUUCUGAUCUUUAUACGGCAGCUGUAAUCAAAAGACAUGCUGAAGAAUCAUCAUCAAUGCCUCCACCUCCACGCCCGUCAAGGCGCUAUGUGCGCCAACAACCACCAACUUUACCAGCUUUGCAAAGAUUUUCUCAACCACAGCAACCUAUGAGACCUGUUAUAAAGCAACAACCAAUGGUAGCCCAAGGACCGACUCCAAUGCAGACAUCACCAAAUCCCCAAUCUAUACAACCACCACAAACUCGUCCACAAAUUCCGAACCGUCCAGUACCAGUAGUUCAGAUGGCAUCUCCACAACCUUCAAUGCAAGGAAUGAUGCGAAUUUCAAAUCAACAGAUUCCUGCUCAGCCACAAAACCCGAAUCAAAUGCCAAUAAAUGUUCAAAUGUCCGCCCAGCAGCAGCAAGCAGUUCAGAUUACAUCACCAAUGGUAAUUCGUCAACAAAGACAAGGUAUCGCAACAAACCAAGUUGUACAGUCUCCUAAUCCUGGAAAAAUACCACCUAAAAUGGUAAUGCAACUGCAGGGAAUGCAACAAACUAUAUCUCCUCAACCACCAAGACAACCACCAAACCAAAGUUCUGUCGUUGUUCCUGCACAACAAACUCAAAUAUCUGCUCAAAAUAAUUCUAUUAAAGUGCAAAAUCAGAUGCAAUCUGUUUCUCAGUCAACACCCGGAACUCCUAUGCAGUUGUCAGAGCAGACACAGGUCCACCCUGUACAAAGAUCUCCGGGAACUCCAAUGAAAUCACCUGCACCACCCUCAAGAACAUCUGCUCCUUCAACACCUAUGCCAUCAGCUGAACAAGGUCAAAUUUCACAACCUUCUCAAAGAUCAGCACCAAAUACACCUAUGCAGUCUCCUGGACAGAUCCCAGGUCAAUCUCCUAUCAUGAUAACACCUAGAACAGUAACAAAUCAGCUUCCAAUUCAUAAUGGCAUACAAUUACCUUCUACACAAAAUACUCCACAACAAAAUGGCGCUGGCCAAAAUAUCAUAGUUAAUGGAUUAGUACUUACCCGAGAUCAGUUUAUAGCACUACGUCGAUUACAACAAGCCCAGCAUGCUGCACAAUUAUCUGGUCAGAUACGUGGACAGGUUCCCAAUCAGCUAGUGAAUCAAGUAACUAAUCCUGCAAUGAUGCAGAGACGAUUCGCACCUCAAGUGCAAGUUGGUAACUCGCAACAAGUUGAUGCGAUGAUGGCUACGCAACAGCAAAUAAUAGGGAAUAACCAGGGUUUUAUGGUUCAGCAGCAAUUUCCAAUAAAUCAACAACAAUUACAAGGGAUGAUUUCAGAGCAAACACCACAAAUGCAAUUGAACAUGCCUCAAAUGGCACAGGUUUACAGAGCAAUGCGUCCAGGUGUCGUUCAACGACAACAAGUAACACAGCAACAAAUGACUCUCAAUACACAACCAUUUGUUCAAAAUAAUAAUCAAUGGAUUUUUUCGCAACGACCAUGGAAUGGUUAA